CCCUUCGUGCGGAACUGUUGUAACUGUUUCUAGAAUCAUCCCGACCUGAGCUCUUUCUUCCUCAUUAGUCAAAUCAAUCACAGAGACGACUUCAAAAACCAAUUCUCUCCUCUUAAAACUCAAAAUCAACCGCUAAAACCAUGUUCGGCGUCGUCUUCCCCAACCGGAGUUUCCCAAUCGACAUCUCAACUUUCGUCCAAAUCGAUACCUUCCACUGGGUUCUCGACAUGAACCACUUCGUCGGCGAAGCUUACGAUCAAAUAGGAGAGAUGUGUAUCUUCCUAUUGAACAACUUCACUCUUCCACCGGAUAAAGCAUUAGCCGUCUACGUCCAAUCUCCAGGAUCCGGUUUCGUAUUCUGCGGCGCCGUAACCCUAAACCGACCCUCGGCGGUUUUAUCUCUUCAGUGGCCGGAGCCGGGGAGUGAAGCUCAGAUGCAGCUCACGGCGGGAAAUUCGAGUCCUUUAUCGGCGAAAAUCGGUGUCUCCGUGGAAGAUGCGGCGGCGCUUCAGUCGAUGGAUGUAGCGGCGGGGAGGAGAAUCGAGAGGUUGGCGAUGAAAGUUGGGGAGAAUCUGUUCAAUUUCAUGCAAUCUUUCUGCGGCGUCGAUGGGAGUAAGUUGGUUGUUCCGAUGGAUAUUUUGGAUCGGUGGUUUAAGAAGUUUCAGGAGAAAGCUAAACGUGAUCCUGGUUUUCUCAAAAGCUUUGCUUUGUAGCUUUAUAAACACUCAAAGGUUAAUGUUUUUGUCUCCUUUGAUCUUGUGUUUUUCAACUUGGAAAUUAGUGGGAAAGCUAGCUUCACUUCACUACAAUUGCGGUUUUUUUCCUGUUGUGAUCUUAUGUUCUGUAUGAUGAAACUAUGAAUUGAAGAAGUAAUUU